GCGUGGACCCGGGGAGGUCGGCGGCGGCGCGGGAGACGUAACCGCGGCGGGAGGGAGCGCGCUCGGCCUUUCCUCCGCGCCCGCGCCCCGGCGUCCCACUCGGCGCUCGGAGAGGACCCGGACCAGGCAGGCGGCUUUCUAGAAGAUGACCAUAGAGGACCUUCCAGAUUUUCCAUUAGAAGGGAAUCCUUUGCUUGGAAGAUACCCAUUUUUAUUUCCAGGUUCUGAAACACCAGUUAUCUUUUCCAUUUCUGCAGCACCAAUGCCUUCAGACUGUGAUCUUUGCUACUCAAGUGUGAUCCUUGGUCCAGCAGCAUUGGCAUCCUGGAAGCUUGUUAGAAAUGCAGGCUCAGGCUCCUCCAGAGACGCACUGGAUCGGAAUGUACACUGUCACAGAUCUCUAGAUGCUUCCUGUCUGUUUAUGUUUGAGAAGCUCUGGCACAAAGGAAGAAGAGGAUACUGUUCUCUGCUUCCUCAAAUAAGUCCCAAGUUUUCUUUCUUUGAUCCUAAUGAUGCAUCAUGCCAAGAAAUUCUCUUUGAUCCCAAAACUUCAGUCUCAGAAUUAUUUGCCAUUUUAAGACAGUGGGUUCCUCAGGUCCAACAAAACAUUGACCUUAUUGGAAACGAGAUUCUUAAAAGAGGUUGCAAUGUGAAUGACAGAGAUGGAUUGACGGAUAUGACUCUUUUACAUUAUACUUGCAAGUCUGGAGCUCAUGGUAUUGGUGAUGUUGAGACAGCUGUGAAAUUUGCAGCUCAGCUUAUUGAUCUGGGAGCAGAUGUUAGUUUGCGGAGUCGCUGGACAAAUAUGAAUGCUUUGCAUUAUGCUGCUUAUUUUGAUGUCCCAGAAGUUAUAAGAGUGAUUUUGAAGACAUCAAAACCAAAAGAUGUGGAUGACACUUGCAGUGACUUUAAUUUUGGAACAGCUCUGCAUAUUGCAGCAUAUAACUUGUGUGCAGGUGCUGUAAAAUGCUUACUGGAGCAUGGAGCAAACCCUGCCUUUAGGAAUGACAAAGGACAGAUCCCUGCCGAUGUCGUUCCAGACCCAGUGGAUAUGCCGUUGGAAAUGGCUGACGCUGCAGCAACUGCCAAGGAAAUCAAGCAGAUGCUGCUAGACGCGGUGCCUCUGUCCUGUGGUCGCUCCAAGGCCAUGCUGCCAAACUGUGACCACGUGACUAGCAAGACAGCGCUUUCAUCUCUUGGCCUGAAGUUGGGGGAUCGUGUUGUCAUUGCAGGACAGAAGAUUGGGACACUACGAUUUUGUGGAACAACUGAAUUUGCAAGUGGUCAGUGGGCUGGCAUUGAAUUAGAUGAACCAGAAGGCAAAAACAAUGGAAGUGUUGGAAAAGUCCAGUACUUUAAAUGUGCCCCCAAAUAUGGUAUUUUUGCCCCUCUUUCAAAGAUAAGUAAAGCAAAAGAACGAAGGAAGAAUACAGCACACCCUCCUUCCUCAAAAACUGUACCUCCCAUCAAGCCCCAGAGGGUUGAUGUGGCUCACAUCACGUCAAAGGUGAACACUGGAUUGAUGACAUCAAAAAAGAAUAGUAUUUCUGAAUCAGCACUUUCGUUGCCUCCUAGUGAAGAAUUGAAAACUGUAGCAGAGAAAGAUGUCACCCUGCACGGAUCCAUCAGCAGCUCCUCCUCUACGUCUUCUUUGGAGCACAAACAGAGCUUCACUAAGAAACCGAAUGCAAGCAGCAAUAGCAAGAAGACCAUGAGCAAAAGCUCUUCUCUGUCAUCCAGAGCCAGUGCUGGUUUGAAUUCCUCGGCAACGUCUAUAGCAAAUGACACCCGUGGUGAAGGAGAGCCCCGCCUUGGAGAUAGAGUGUUGGUGGUAGGCCAGAGAGUUGGUACCAUUAAGUUCUUCGGAACAACAAAUUUUGCUCCAGGGUAUUGGUAUGGUAUAGAGCUUGAAAAACCCCAUGGCAAGAAUGAUGGUUCAGUUGGAGGUGUGCAGUAUUUUAGUUGUUCUCCAAGAUAUGGAAUAUUUGCUCCCCCAUCCAGGGUGCAAAGACUAACAGAUUCCCUGGAUACCCUUUCAGAAAUUGCUUCAAACAAACAGAAUCAUUCUUAUCCCGGUUUUAGGAGAAGUUUUAGCACAACUUCUGCUUCUUCCCAAAAAGAGAUUAACAGGAGAAAUGCUUUUGCCAAGUCAAAGGCGGCCUUGCGCCGCAGCUGGAGCAGCGCCGCGGCCGCAGGCGGCCUGGAGGGGAGCGUGAAGCUGCACGAGGGCUCCCACGUCCUGCUCACGAGUUCGAACGAGAUGGGUACCGUGAGGUACGUGGGCCCCACGGACUUCGCGUCGGGUGUCUGGCUCGGACUGGAGCUGCGAAGCGCCAAGGGGAGAAACGAUGGCACUGUGGGUGACAAGCGCUACUUCACCUGUAAGCCAAACCACGGAGUUUUGGUGAGGCCAAGCAGAGUGACCUACCGGGGAAUUAAUGGGUCAAAGCUCGUGGAUGAGAAUAGUUAAAGUUCUGAAGUAGUGAGCGCCCCCCAUGUCCCCCGCCCCUUCUCUUAUACAUGGUGUAAAAUAGAGUCCAUGACAAAUGGUUUAUUUGGCCAGUAUUUAAAUUUUGAAAAUGCAGUAUAGUUAUCUUCACAGAAACUAUUAUAACAGUUCAGAGAGAUACCUUUAAAAGGCCACAAGUAUGAACUCUGGAGAAUCAUGGUUCUUUUAAAAACAAUUUCAAAAUAAGCAAGUUUUUAAGGCUUCUGAAGCCUUAGUUCCCAAGAGAACUCCAGGACUCAUAAAAAUGUGCCAUUAGGUGAUCAAUUGAUGUGUUACUUUGCUCAUUGUGUUUCAUUUUUGCACAUAAUGUAUUUUUCAUAGUGCCAUAAUUGGAAGGUUUUUUUCAUCAGCUUUGGUGAACAUAAUGUUCACGUGACUUCUUUCUGUUAAGUGUUUUUUAAAUUUUUCUUUGUGUGUUUUUAAAAGUACCUUAAGAGCAUAAGUGGGUCUGUGACGAGCGUAUUUGUAAUAUUUUUUGGUAAAAUCACUUGCCAUUUUAGGAAUGGCGCAUGUGAAGCUAGAACGCAGGAGGUGGAUGAGCUUGGAGGGUUGUCUGGCUCUGCCUCUGGCCCGGCCGAGUAGUGAAAUGGAGUCUGUCUGGCCCAGGGCUGCUAGCCAGCCGAGCAACAGCUAAGGAAGAAUGGGGCCUCCUAACUUGUGGCUCAGUGUCUUUCCUCUGUAUGAAGUGUGUGAGCCAAGAUUUUUCUUCUGUUGCUCACCUGCCUCAUCUGUAUCACAUAAACUACAGAAAGCCCAUGAUUAAGGGUUACACACUCAAGUCAGAAUUUUUGCACAUACUUACUUAACUUCUUUAUUGGACAUAUUUGUAACACACUGCACUUUCAAAACAUGAUGCACUUUCAUAUUUGUGGAGAAUUUGCCAUCCUUUCCUCCUGGAAUUUGAAAAUCAUUUUUUAAAAAUGUAUUUAACAAGAGAACAAAUUCAGAUGUGGUGGGAAGGGUGCAUGAGUUAUUCGUGUAGAUGUGUGUGUUUUCUGGACUUCUUGUUCUAUUGCUCAUGCACCUGGAGUUGUGUUUCCAGUGACUGCAGAAGGCAGCCUAGCCUGUUACAGGGCUACGGAGCAGGGCUGUCGUCAUUUCCCUUCUCAAGCAUUUGUUAAGCUAAGCUUCACCACAGAGCGAUGUGAUAAUGACACAUUUGUCUUCUGGAAAUGUAUUGAAGUUUCCAUCCUGUAUGUGUAAAGAUUUAUCUUUUAUUGUAAAUAUUUAGACUUUACCACAGAAAUAUUGGAAGAGUUUGCUUUAUAAGACCAAAAGUAUCCUUCAGAAUGGAGCUUGCUUUGUGCUUAGAAAUAUAUGCUAAGCUAUUUUGCAAUAUACUAUUUUAAAUCUAAAUUCUGUCACUCUGUUGCCUUUUUUUUAAAGUGUGGUAUUUCAAAUACUACUGAAGUUAUUUUCCUGAAAUACAUUUGCAAAAUAAGGCUGCUUUAUAAUCAAGGAAUAUUUUUAUUGAUUGAAGAAAAUGACUGUGCUGCAAUUAGAAAGUAAACUUAUUUUAUUAUAUAAAUUAUUUCUUAAAAACUCUAUUUAUAUCUUAACAUGAAAUCCAUGACUAUAAUGAACUUGGGUGUCAUAAUUCUGUUAAAUAUGAAAUAAGUUAAAAGCAGUAAUGCCAACUGAAUUUAUUUUUGAGGUCAAAGAACCAGUUGUUCUCUUUAUAUUUAAGAUUGGGAUUAUUAAAGCCAUAUAGGAUUUGUGUUUCAUAUACUAUACAUACAAAUUAGAUGUUUUCAUCUGUGUUUUGCUUAUUAAAUGUCAAAGUUCAUUUUUGAGCAUUAAUAAAAAGGGAAGCUGUUGGUUUGAAA